AUGAGAGCUUAUGCAGAGUUGAUCUUCAGGCAGCUGACAGAGAGCCAACCCCUGGAGCUCUCCUGUUCCCCUCAGCGGGAGCACAGCACCCUGACAGGCCUCCACCUGUACCACCGCAGUGCCCACAGCCAGACGACCCUGCUCUCCAUGUCCAAAGGUCGCGGGCUGAGGGUCAACAAGGAGCACAAAGAGCGCCUGCAGCUCGGUGGAGGUCUGGACUCCCUGCAGGUCAACGCGACGCUGACCCGUUUACAGCACAGUGACACGGGACUCUACAUGUGGGAGCUGAGCUACAGGGAGGAGAAGAGCUCCGAUCAGAACGUCCUCAGUGCUCAGAAGGUGUUCUUGUUGGUUGAAGGGACAGAGAGGUCAUGCUGGUGCUCUACCAGUUACCCUCCUCUGCUCCUGACCAUCUUCACAGUGGCGGUGCUUCUUCUGCUCACACUCAGCUGGCUGGCCGUAGAGAAAUGUGUGAAGGCACGGCUCCAUCACAGACUAAAACCUCCGGUUCCUAUCUAUGAGGAAAUGACCAGGAAGCAGAGCAUGGGAAUCCCCCAAAAUAUCCCUGAGGCCCCCUCACGGCUGGAGGAAGUCAACUUCCCCGUGUACGCCAACCCAAACAUCCGCCAGCCACAGGACAACUACUACGCCUGCCCCAGACAGCUCGCCCUCACAGCCUGACGUGACACCCGGC